UCUAAAAUAAAGAAAAGAAAUGGCUCCAUCUUUCUCAAACGCUAAGCUUUUCUCCCCUUUCGUUGUCGAUGGAAUCUCUAACGCCAUCUCCAGACGAGGAUAUGCGGCGGCGGCGGCGCAAGGAGUAGUUGUUUCGAGAGGAGCUGCGGUGGUGGUGAAGCAAGCGAGGGAAGAGAUAGUGGGAGCUGGUAAAGAGAAGGUUGCAUGGGUGCCCGACCCGGUCACCGGAUGUUAUAGACCCGAGAAUUGUGGCAACGAGAUCGACGUCGUUGAGCUCAGAGCCCUGCUGUUGAAGAAGAACUGA